AACGUUUCCUAUAAUCUUUCUUCCACUGACGCGAAUCCGAUCCGAUUUGUUUUUUUUUUUCUUCUAGAUCUAGUAACUGCGGUCUCCCUCCAACUCUGAUUAGUUCCAGGAAUUGAUUAGUCUCGAUUUCUCUGCUCUUCAUCCCGUGUACUAGUUUCUUCGAUUGAGUGAUCUUUUCCCCUUUCUCCGGUGAAGUCUCUGAUGCUAAGGCGAAACCGAGACCAGCGAAGUUGUCUCUCUACCUUCACAUUCCCAAUAUCGUUGGGUGCAUGAGAGUUCUCUCGAACUGUGUUGCCUUUUCCAUGUGCUUUUCGGACAAGACGCUUUUCUCGCUGCUAUGUUUCUUCAGAUGUACAGGACAUUUCUGUCAGGGAAGACCAGUCGUAAGGACGUCAAAGACAGCACGAGCUGGCUUUUUAAACUCUACUAUGGGAGAAUCGGUUGUUUUAUGGGUUAUUGUUGCAUCUCUUGUCUUAGUUACUUCACUGAUCCAGAUUUCGCCACUCUCUGUUCUUCUGGCUUUGAGCUUGUUCGGUUGGGCAAUCAAGCAGACGUCAAUGUCAUUCGGAUGAAAACAGCUGCGGACAUUUGCGGUUAUUCAUGGUAUCGAGAAGAAGCAGAAGCCCUGAUAUUAACAAGCUCACUUGUCUGAACCCUGAAAGUUUUUUUGUGUGCAACGCCUACGUUGUGCUUGAGUACAUAUACGGCCGGGUCUCCUUUUGACCUGUCCUGGGUGUAUAGAUAAACCUUGCCUUUUGUUUCCUUUGACGAUGGAGUUAUUGGUAGUCUCUUCUUUCAUCUGGUAGUGUUGGUAUAAUUUGGUUUGUAAGCCUGAACUGAUUUACAACUUAGGCAUGUCGCAUUC